AUGUCAAGAAAAUCUAUCGCGCUUUUAUUUUUAAAUAUUUUUACUAUAAUAAUCAAUUCUCUUGCUGAGGAAACGGAUUUAAGAGUUUGUAUACCGAACUUAGGAUGUCUGCAAGGUACAUAUUUGUUUGGAUUUCAAAUAGAAAAAUUUGAAGCUUUUAUGGGAAUACCAUAUGCCAAGCCACCAGUAGGCAAAUUAAGACUGCAAAAUCCCAAACCUUUUGGGUCAUGGGAAAAUGUAAUGCAAGCCACUAAACCGAAACCAAGCUGUUUACAAAAAAACUAUUUUUUGGAAACGCACCCUAUUAUGGGAGUUGAAGAUUGUUUAUAUUUAAAUUUAUAUCGUCCUGUUCAAAGGAGUACAAAAUUAUUACCAAUUAUUUUUUAUAUACAUGGUGGUGGUUUUAGCUUUGGAUCACCACAUCCUGACAUGUUAGGCCCAGCCUACUUUAUGGAUACACAAGAGGUUAUACUUAUAACUUUUGCUUAUCGUUUAGGUCCUUUUGGCUUUCUUAGUACGGGUGAUGAAUACAUGCCUGGAAAUUUUGGACUUAAGGAUCAAAAUUUAGCAUUGAAGUGGGUAUUUGAUAAUGCAGUUUAUUUUAGUGGGGAUUCCAAUUCCAUAACAAUUUUCGGCCAUAGUAUUGGUGGGUCUUCAGUGCAAUUUCAUAUGUUAAGUCCAGCGUCACAAGUGACAUAG